AGACGAUGACAACAACAACAAGGCAGCCCAGUAAAUGAGAGACUGAGGUGAAAUGCAACUUUAAAGAUGAUGUUUAUUAAAGAGGAGAGUGAGGACACGUGUGAUCCAGAGCCCUACAGAAUAGAUAGUGUGCACGAAGAAGGUUUGUUGAAAGUGAAAGAGGAAAGUAAAAUUCUGAAUGAAGUGGAGGAGAAACAUCAGCAUCAGAAAGCUCACGAUGUCCUCACUGGAGAAAGUUCACUGACUUGCUCUCAAACUGAAAACAGUUCCUCACAAAGCAGCACUCAAACAACAGUCAGAAAGACUUUCACCUGCUCUCUGUGUGGAAAACAAUGUGCCCACAGAGGUCACCUGAACGAUCACAUGUUAACUCACACCGGAGAGAAGCCGUUCACUUGCCCUCAGUGUGGAAGGAGAUUCUCCCGCAGAAGAAAACUUAAUGAUCACAUACUAAUUCACAAUGAAGAGAAGCCUUUCGUCUGUCCUCAGUGUGGAAAGAGGUACAAACGUAAUGAACACUUUCGAAGUCACUUACUAAGUCACGAUGGAGGCAAGCCCUUCACCUGCUCUCAAUGUGGAAAGAGUUUCAGUUAUAAACGAAGCUUUAAUGAUCACAUCAAAGUUCACACUGGAGAGUGUCUGCACACGUGCCUUCAGUGCGGAAAGAGCUUCCUGAAUAAAGGACAUCUUAAGGAUCACAUAAAAAUCCACAGCGGAGAGCGGCCUUUCUCUUGCUCGCAGUGUGGAAAGAGCUUCAUCAGUAAACGAGACGUUACAUCUCACAUGAGAGUUCAUACUGAAGAGAAGCCUUUUAAAUGCCUUCAGUGUGGAAAGGGUUUUGCGUGGGCAAGCUGUCUGAAAAUCCACAAGCGCCACUCUCACUCGGAAGAAAGGGAGUUUACCUGCGAGCACUGCAAUAAAACGUUUGUUUUAGAGUCGUACCUAAAGAGACACUUGAAAACUCAUCAAAACGAGAAACCCUUUGUCUGUUCGUUUUGCGGGAAAAGUUUUUUAUGGCUCCUGUGCUUCAAAGCACACCAGAAAAUACACGAGGGUGUGAAAACCCAUGUUUGCUCCGAGUGUGGGAGAGCCUUUGCUACUGCCAACUAUUUGAUAAAACACCAAAAGGUCCACACCGGAGAACGGCCGUACAUGUGCUUAUACUGCGGAAAGAGUUUCAGUAAGAAAGCAAACCUGGAAGAACACGUAAGACUGCAUACUGGAGAGAAGCCGUACACCUGCACUCAGUGUGGAGGCAGCUUCACCUCAGCUAAAGGUCUAAGUUAUCACAGAGGAAAGCAGUGUUCCCAAAGUGUGCCAAAUUCAUGCUCCGUUGAAAUCCAGAUAGUGUCAGAUAUGCCCAAAGAUUGCAUUUCUACCAAAAAAGCAAUUACAUCUACAACAUUAAGUGGCGAAUAAGCCUUCAUUCAAUGUAAAUGGCAGCAGAAAGUCUGUGCAUAUAGUACUUUAUUGUUAAAGAAAACUUAAGGUAAAGAAUUAAAUCUUAAUUUUUUCAUAACACAUAAAUGUAAAUGUAGACCUUAUGUAGCUCUGCCCCGUCGUCUUCUGUCUUCCCACAGCGUGAAGAACGUAUGGGUCGUACCACUCGUUUUAAAAUCUUCCCGGUCUACUGACAUCUGCAUUGAAGAUUACAAUGCACGUGGUAGCUUCUGAUUACUCUAUAAUAAGUAAAUCCACUUCAGAUAAUUACUUUUCAACAGUGAUGCUACAGAGCUACUGCAAAAACAGAAGUUCAAAGAAAAUAAUCUAAAGAUGGCUGUGCACUUGUUUCUCUCACACAUAUGGUCUAUAGAUAUAUUAUAUAUUUAGAAAGGGCCAAGCAAAGUCAGUACAGACGCCUAGUAAUACAUAGUAAUACAUAAAUAAAACAAGCAUUUUU